GUGCCAUGCGAUUACGAUGACGACGAUGUCGAUUUUGACGUGCUCGGAUGGUGGAAGCGGAACGAACACAUGUUCCCAUGUCUCGGCAUGCUAGCAAGACAAGUGUUGUCCGUCCCAGUAUCAACCGUAGCAGUUGAACGAGAAUUCAGUGCUGGCGGCAACAUUCUAACCGACUACCGAAGUUGUCUUAACGCUGAAUCUCUUGAAACACUGGUUUGCAACCAAGAUUGGCUCUUGGCAAGACGUCGGGCUCAAGAGUCAUCGUACCAACUCGAAUCGGAGCAUUACAUGAAUGCAACCACAGAUGGAAGUCCGACCGAUUUCGUCGCGGGGAGAAGCGGAAACAGAGGCGGACCCUCCCGAACCCGAGGCAAUGGAUUUUGCCUUCUUUCUUCCGAUCGGCCGUGGAAUGGGGUCCUCGUCAUCGGAAUCCGCAACGUUGAAGGGAGGGAUUUGAUCGCUAGAACCGAUAGUCUCGUCGACCUCAACCUCGGCGUCGACGGUGGAUCUUUUCCGGAACGAUCCGCCGUCGGGAUUGUUGAGUUGUUGCCACUUCGGGGAACGACUCAAAAUCCUCCAAAGAUCGAUGGGCACCUUGCCUUGGUUCCCGUCGAGCCGUCCCUUACUACUUUAUGUGCCGUUUCCUUUUGUUUUCUUCCGCCUCCCCGCCAUCAAGUGAGGAAUCCGCCAGCAAGCAAUGGGAUAGGGAAGAAGAAGAAAGCUAAGAUCACCCACCACCUCCUCAAGUCCACUUCCGCCCGCUCCGCCGCCCGCCUCCGCCGUUACCACCGCCGCGCCGCCUCUCUCGGGAAAAUCUCCCUCCCCCUCACCCCCGGAAGCGAUUACACCCUGUCUUUCUCCCUCGGCUCUCAGACUGUGUCUCUGUACAUGGACACGGGAAGCGACGUCGUUUGGCUCCCCUGCCAUCCCUUCGAGUGUAUCCUCUGCGAGGGGAAGUACAGCCCCGCCGCCGUCCCUAAUCCGGGCCCACUCAACCUGACCUCCGCCGCGCCGGUAUCCUGCAAGUCCCCUGCCUGCUCCGCCGUCCACUCCUCGGGGUCCUCCUCUGACCUCUGUGCCAAGGGGAAGUGUCCGCUUGACGCGAUCGAAACCUCCGAUUGUGGGACCCAUGCCUGCCCGCCGUUCUAUUACGCCUACGGCGACGGGAGCUUCGUGGCGAAGCUCCAUAGCGACGGGCUGACCGUUCCCAUGUCGUCCCCGUCGCUGGUUCUGCCGAACUUCACGUUCGGCUGCGCUCAUAGCGCUCUCGGCGAGCCGAUUGGGGUCGCCGGGUUCGGGCGUGGGGCCCUCUCGAUGCCGGCUCAGCUCGCCAGCUCAUCCCCCGACAUCGGCUACCAUUUCUCCUACUGUCUUGUUUCUCACUCCUUUGACUCUGAGCGGGUCCGAAGACCGAGCCCGCUCAUCCUCGGUCGGAACUCGAUUGGCCAAAACAAGGCGAAACGGGUCCCGGAAGACGAUUUCGCUUACACGCCGAUGCUGAAGAACCCGAAACACCCAUAUUUCUACUGUGUUGGGCUCGAAGCCGUCUCUGUCGGCAGGCAAAGAAUUGCCGCCCCAGAGAGUCUCCGGCGGGUUGACCGGAGAGGAAAUGGCGGGAUGGUUGUCGACUCAGGGACCACUUUCACCAUGCUCCCGAGGGAGUUUUACAAGGUGGUAGUCUCUGAGUUCGAGAACCAAAUCGGGUCAGAUUACAAGAGAGCGGGUGACGUGGAGGAGAAAACGGGGUUGGGCCCGUGUUACUAUAUGGGUCCCGGUAACGCCACGUGGAAAGUACCCCGAGUGUGGUUACAUUUUGGGGGAAAUUCCAGCGUGGCGAUGCCCACCCGAAACUAUUUCUACGAGUUUACCUACGGUGGGGAUGGUAAGAUUAGCUCAAAAAGGAAAGUCGGGUGCAUGAUGCUGAUCGGCGGUGGCGGCGGCGAUGCGGAGGAGGAGGAUUCCGGCGGGCCCGCCGGAUUACUUGGCAACUAUCAACAGCAAGGGUUUGAGGUGGCGUAUGAUUUGGAGAACAAACGGGUCGGGUUUGCCCGACGGAAGUGCGCAUCUUUGUGGGAUACGCUGAGCCGGCGCUAAGAUGCGCCACCAAUGAAGCGGGCUGUUUGGGGUCAACGCGACGACCAAACCUAAAAGAAUUACCGCGGAGCAAACGGAUGUUUUUUUACCUUUUACCGUGGCCAAAAGUUAAAAAAAGAAAAAAGAAAAGAGUCAAAACAAAGUCAAAAUGGCGGGCGGUCACGUAAACAAAUCAAACCACGCGUUGUUGUGUAGUUGUACAAAUCAUUUCCACGUCAAAGCACAUAUAAUUAGUGUCAAAUGCUUUUUAGAUUAUUGUUUCAUUUCAUUGAUGUGAUUACUAUUUCGUUUUCUUUGGAGAGGACAAAAUUAUGGAUGAGAGAUUAGGUCUUCUAAAAUUAUACUAAAAUUAGUUUUCUAUG